AUGGUGUUCUACGAGACGACGUUCCUGCUGCACGGCAAGUACCCCGCCGAGGCCACGAGGCUCUUGAUCAGGGAGGUGACGCGCGCCAGCCCGGCGCGGGAGGGGUGCGUCUUCAGGAUUCUGGACUUGGGGUGGCGCCACACGGCCCAGCCGGUGGUGAAGAAGCGCGUCGGGCGGUUUUUCUACGGCCGGUGGUACGCCAUGACGUGGGCUGGCCCGCCCCUGGUGAGAGUGGAGAUGGAUGAGACCAUGAAGCACAACUCUGGAGUGCUGAGGCACCUCACGGAGAAGCUCAGGACCCCCAAGGACGCAUACAGGCCACGCAGCACCUUCUACCCGACGCUGGUGCCGGGCGAGAAGCCCAUCGCCGGGCCGUUGGUGCACCACACCCUGAUGUGA